AUGGAUGCCGUUGAACAGCACGACGCUUUUUUCAACUCCUUCAACCUGGUGAGAGGCCCCUGUCUAGGGAGUGGCGCCGUAGGAGAGGUUGUUCUGGCCUCGGCUAAACACAACUCGUCGUUGAAAGUUGCGGUGAAAAUCGUAACUUUUGAGACGGAGGGGUGUAAAGACGACUUUCUCUGUGAAGUCGGCUUCCUGCGCGAUCUUCACCACCCCCGCAUCCUCAAGAUGAUAGCGUUUGAUAUGGAUGAUCACCACGGCUUCAUGUUGUCGACAUACUUCAAGAACGGCACACUUCGCGACACCAUGUCGUCCGACCCCCCUGUGGAAGAACCACGGAUCCUCCGACACAUUCUCGACGUGGCCAGCGCUCUGCAGUACAUCCACGGUCUCCACAUCUUCCACCAAGACGUCAAGCCGCGAAACAUUCUCUUGGAUGACCAGGAUCGUGCUGUUCUGGCAGACUUCGGACUGGCAACACAGGCAAGCGACAGCUCCGCGAUGGUGAUGAGGUGGGAGACUACACCCGGCUAUUACGGACCCGAGACAAGGAAAAGGCGGCCUAUGAGUCCUUUCAAGCUCAAGUAUGCCGGCAGAGACGUGCUGGGUACCCCAGCUGUGGGCAUCGGGGAGCUGCACAAACAGGAAUCAGUCACCGAAGUUGCACGUCGCAGCAUGGAUGCCGUUGAACAGCACGACGCUUUUUUCAACUCCUUCAACCUGGUGAGAGGCCCCUGUCUAGGGAGUGGCGCCGUAGGAGAGGUUGUUCUGGCCUCGGCUAAACACAACUCGUCGUUGAAAGUUGCGGUGAAAAUCGUAACUUUUGAGACGGAGGGGUGUAAAGACGACUUUCUCUGUGAAGUCGGCUUCCUGCGCGAUCUUCGCCACCCCCGCAUCCUCAAGAUGAUAGCGUUUGCUAUGGAUGAUCACCACGGCUUCAUGUUGUCGACAUACUUCAAGAACGGCACACUUCGCGACACCAUGUCAUGGCACGAGCUCACUGGCAGUCACUAG